CGGAUGGACGGUCGGUCGACCAGCGGGGGAACACGAAACGAUAUCGCUUCGCUAAAUAUAAUACGAAGGCACGCGAUUCUACUACCAUCCGCCACGACACGCGAAGUAGCAUGAUGGCGACGGCGACGGCGGCAACGGUAGUCACCGUUUGAGACCCUUGACGUUCGUACUGUCGACCUUCUGUCGCCUUCGUCGACGGUAAUCACGCAAGUAUCAUCUUGCAUCUCGAGUCGCCGAGAGCCGACCGUGGAAAACGGAGUAGUGAGCCUUUCCCAGGCAGGUGCGUCCGACGAAUCCCCCAAGUGCGAUUUGCCAGGGGGUUUGCGAUAUUUUUGACGGAGCUUCUUACGGAACUCGAUCGAUUAUCGUCGUCAUCAAAAAUCGCAAUCCAUAGAGAUGAGUAUCCAGAAGCCCGAAGACCUUUUAUCUAUUGUUAUAUCAUCUGAACUUCCGCCGUCUUCGAAUUCCCGACAGCUGUUUAUAAAUCAAGAUCAACAGGAUGAAGAAGCGUCUGAUUGUCCUCUAUUAACACCAAGUCCACCACCUACUCAAACCAACGAGACUCUACAAUCAACACCGAUAUUCAAUGCUCUGGAAGGAACUCCAUUAGAAAUGAUACCGACGCCAACGCUUGGAAAUAUUAAUACAGAAGACGGACUUAACUUCAUGAAUAUUGUGAAUAGUUCGAGUAAACCUUUAAAUGAUGAACCGAGUUCACGUGAUCCCAUGGUGGAGUCUACUAGCAGCGGUAGUAGCAGUGACACAAACGAACCCGUUUGCGCACAAUUGUUGACACAAUUGAAUACUGCCUAUCAACAUCUUGCACCAGAUGCUCAAGCGUUAUUUUACAACCAGGAGAACGGCGGCAAACCACCACUCGUUGGGAUACAACUGGUAGUGCCGAAGCCGCCCAAAGAUUAUCGUUUCAUGAAGUGGAACUGGCCAUUGAUACGGAAGACAUGCUACUGGUCAUUGAUGUCGAUUCUGACCGGAUGUGCCGCUCUUGUUAUCGGCAUUAUCGCUACAAUGCCUAAGAAAUGCGACCCACCGGUGGAAUGGUGGCAAGGCAGUACCUUCUACGAAAUAUUCCCGGCGUCCUUUCAGGACUCAACGAAGAGCGCCGAUGGGAUCGGCGAUUUGCGAGGGAUAAUUAUGCGGCUAGAUUACUUAAAGAAUUUCGGAAUACGGACCAUACGACUCAACUCGAUAUUUCCGGCACCGCAUUACCCGGAAUAUUAUUCGGACAUUAGCAACAUGACAGAUGUGAACAAGGAGUUGGGUACACUGGGAGACUUCUCCGUUCUCGUCCGCGAGAUCCACAGGCGAAAUAUGAGUAUAGUCCUCGACUUGCCUUUAUAUCCAUUUGUGAAGAGCUUGAAUGAAGCGAAGGCGAACGAGACUGAACGUACGCCUCGGGAGAGACAAGAUCUCGCGAAUAACGCAAUAAUUCAUGACAUACUGCCGUCCGCGCCGUCCACGGUCGACGCAAUCCGCGACGCCCUGUCGACACCGCUGCAGGAAAUAAAGAGAGAAACGUUUCCCUCCGGUCACUCAGCUCGUCAGCAGGAGCACCCUGUUAGCGAGGCCAUCAAAAUUUGGCAGCAGCGAGGAGUAGACGGUUUCUAUCUGAAGGGACUGGAACAUUACGUCGACGAAGACACGUUUGUGAGCGAUCUUAGAUACUGGAGAUCUCUUCUGCAUCCGGGCAAUAUCUUCAUCUGUCACGUAAAUGCCUUGGACGCCGCUACCUCUGUCGCGAGGAACUCCAUUCUGUCCAAGAUAGAUCUGAUCGACGUGACCCUUCGUCUGGUGAACAGCACGAAAAAUAUCAAAGCGCAGAUCGAGAGUAUCACGAAGGGCGUGCUCUUCGACAAACCUUCUUACCCGUGGAUUCACUGGUCCGUAGGUAGUGUGGACACCAGCAGAGUGGCCUCCACUAUGACCGUCAAGAAUGCUAGUGUGGCAGCUUCUCUUCUCGGCAUGAUGCUGCCUGGGACGCCAAGUAUAUUCUAUGGCGAUGAGAUAGGUAUCGAAGAUUGUGAGUGUCGAGAUCAUAAGGAUUUGGCACACGUGCACAAUUUGGUUCCUAUGUAUUGGGAGAAGAAAGAAGGCUCCGGCAGCAGUUUUUCUCUUUCAGGAGUUACCGCUUGGCUACCAGAAGCUAGGAAACCUAUAGAAACUAGUUUAAAAAACACUGUUACAGAGAUGGCGAAGCUAAGAAUGGAAGCUACGCCGGUUUACGUCAAAGCGGUGCUAAGAGAAAAUCAAAGUACUGCGAAUUGUGAUGUUAGAUAUGUGGAAGAUGAAAUGAUCGUGAUUGAGCGAUGGUAUCCACGAAGAAAUUCCUAUGUGUUUGUGGCCAAUUUCGGCAACGAGACGCGCGUGAAGGAUCUGUCAUUUCUUUAUUACGGUGGUUACGUUGUUGUUGGACCAAGUUACAGAAUAAAUCGGAAUGUGUACUUCAAAGAACUUACCGUCCCCCCUGGAGAAGCGUUUGUUAUAAAAUUGGAUAAGUAAGAGAGUCUUUCGGUUGAAAUAAUAGGCUCUCUUAUAUAUGAGAUUAUACUUUUAUUCAUUAAACAUCAUUAAAGAUAUGG